AUUCAGUGGCGUAGCCAGGUGGGGGCCAGGGGGGGCGAAUGCCCCCCCCGCCCCCCUUACUAGGCGCCCCUUGCUGCUUAGCGCUUGGAGCCUAUACAUAAACAAUAAACAGUUACUUUUAUUACACCCUAUAACAUUUAUUGAAAUUGAAAAAUGAAAAUGAACAAAUCGCAGCGUACGUAAAUAAACUAACUCCUGUCCUGACAAGUAGGUAUAUCGCAGGAGACCGAAUAGUUUCUCACUCUAAUAGUGCUCUAAGUAGGAACGGGAUAAACACUCUACUGGCCCCGCCUUCGUCAAGUCUGAAAUUUGCAACAGCUCGCACCUCGCACCCCGCAAUAGACAAUUUUAUGUAAGGGAUCGGUUAAAAGAACUAUUUUUAUUUGAUGAGGUGUCUGCGUUUGAGUCGGAUUAACAAGUGUUUAUUGUUUAUUGUGUUACCGAUACCAAAAAGCGGUAUUUUUGCUGACAUCUAUCUGCAUGUCAGAACGUAGAAGUAUUUUACUAAUUUCAAACAUUAUUAUUUGAAUUUGAGAUUAUUCGAUUUAGUCUAUUUCUGUUUGUGCAAGAAGGAGUUUUGGAGUUUGUGAUUUUUUAAAAUGAAUGAAAAAAAAAAAGAAGUCAGGUGCCCAAUUUAGGAAAGAAGAUCGCAAAAAAAAGUUGCAAUUAGCGGCAACUCAAAGCAGAAAAUUACACGAUUAUUUUAAAAAUAGUGCCGAAGCCGGACCUAGUGGGAGUGGAAUUAAAGAAGUUCCCGGCAUUCUUCUCGAGGCACCGUGUUGUUCUGAUUUUCCUGGCAAUGAAAGUUCAAAAGAAAGCGAGGAAGGUACCUACGAAAAAUAUAACAGUAGCGAUGACGAUGUGGAGGAGGAAAUGGUCGAAAUGGAAACUGAAACUGAUCUUGCAGAAACGUUGAUAGAAGACGAGUCCAAUUAUGGGGCGCCUAGUAGUAGCAGUGGAAUUUCUGUAUUGGAGUAUAGCUCCGACCCAUUACUAUUUAAAGAGAAACAUAUGACAGCAGAAUUAAUUAGAGAAUUAAUUUUGGAAGGACCCUGCCAACCAGGACUUAAAGAAAACUUUAAUUUUAAAUUGGAUUCCCACAAUAGGCGAUUUAAUGCAAUUUGGUACUAUACAUCUGAAAACAAAGAAAAACAAGAUAUCGCAAAAAAAGAACAACUUUCAUUAUCCAUUCGGUUUGUGGGCGAAAUCGGAUAUCCUGAAGAAAGGUUUUUAAAAUUUGUUGAUAUACCCAGUGGGUCAGCUGAAACAUUUUACAACGUGAUUAAAAAGGAGUUAGCCACCUUAAAUUUAGAUUUAACCUUAUGUCGUGGUCAGGCUUACGAUGGAGCUAGUGCAAUGUCAGGGCAUUUGAAUGGUUUGCAAAAAAAAAUAAAAAAUGAUGUGCCUGAGGCUAUAUAUGUACAUUGUUGUGCACAUAGGCUAAAUUUAGCUUUAGUUGAUUCAGUAAAUUCAUGUGUAGCAGUAAAGUUAUUUUUUGGGGGUCUUGAAAAAAUAUAUGUUUUUAUAACAGAAAGUUUUCCAAGGCUUAAAUGUUUUCAAGAUAUUCAAAAAAAUUAUGACAAAAAAUUAAGUCUAAAAAAACUGUCAACGACUCGUUGGGCAAGUCACACUAGAGCUGUUAAUUCCAUAUUUGAAAACCUCCCCGCUAUAAUAGAUGUUAUGGAAAGCAUCUCGUCUGGUGAAAUUUCAAGUACAAAUGCGAGUCAAAUGAUUGAUGCUCGUGGAAUUUUAACAUAUAUAAAAUCUUUUGAAUUUGUAUACCUUCUUUGCUUUUGGAAACAAACACUUUUAGUUAUUCAAAUUCUAUCUAAUUAUUUACAAAAAGUCGAUAUAAAUAUAUCAGCAGCAGUUUCUUUAAUUAAAUCAACCAUAAAUGACUUAAAAUCAUUGAGAAAUGACGAAUCGUUCAACAGCUUUGAAGAAAAGGCUAAAGAAAUUUCAAAUAAAUAUGACUUGCCCAAUGAGUUCACAAGAAAAAGAUCAAGAAAGCCGAAAAUACUCAAAAAAGAAAGGAGAAAAUUCAAAAAGAAAGUUUGGAGAACGCCUACGAAGAGACGACAGAGUCGGAAAACGGAGACAAACGAAGUUUCAGGUGAGGAUACGGACGACUCACUAAAUAAAAGUGUGGAGAACACAGACAAUACCGUAAGAGGAAACCCAAAUGAAAGUUUGGAGAAUUUAAUUAAUGCUCUCGAAGACUCGAGAGACGGAUCUGAGAGCACUGAAAAUUUAAACCGGACCGUUCUGGAGAUGAACGAAGACAUCGAAGGGAAAACAGAUGCAAAUCAAGAGGCAGGCGCAUGCGCGAAAAACAGGACAGACAAUGCAAAUAAAGAAGUCAAUCUCGCAAAUAGGAGUGUGGAAACUGCCCAAAGAGGGGAUGAACUGAGUAGUUUCCGAUUUGGGUAUGUUCCCACUCCCCUUCAUGCGAGUCUCCCUUCUACCAGCCAGGAAAACAACCCCAUGGUACUAAUUCCUAGUGAUCCAAGGACACAAAUAGGAAUUAGGAAAAAUGACAUACCAUCCAACAUCACUCAGUCGAUCCUGAAUUUCAAACAAGGGUAUAGCACCUCCGAAGAAGAGUUGCAAAAACAGGGAGCGUCCCAAGGUACAGCUCAAAAGGGACACGAGAUAUUACCGCACUCCCCAAACAGUACUUUCCUGCUGAGGAGACAAGGGCAAGCACACACCCCCGAAAAAAUGGUCACAAACCAAUCUACUACCGACACAACUCCCUUCGUAAUCCCAAGAAAGUUUAGCGCCAAUUUCGAGCAGUUAAUAAGGGAAAAAUUAAAAAAGACGAUAACGCAAACAAAAAAUAGAUACCAGGUAUUAACUGAAGACUCGGACUCAGAGAUUGAUGACGAUCUCGGAAAAAUAGUAAAAAGAAAACGCAAAGCUGCCAAAAGGGAUACAAAAACAACAGAUAUAACAACCCCACAAAUAGUAAGAACAGUGAGAUAG